AUGGAGUUAUGUUCCGUAGGUGUGGAUCUCUGCGUUGAUUUGGGAGUCCAUGCAGCUGUUGGAGCAGGUGUUGGUGAUGGUAUGGGUGCGGGUGCGGCUGUGGAUCCGACGCUGGGUC